UCGUUGAACGAAGUUUCACGUUGAGUUCAGCAAGUACGUGACUUUCCUAUCAGAUUCAGAUUUCCCAAAGAUUUCUAUAAUGAGAAAAUGACUAGUGAGGAGCCCCACCCACCCCCCACCUUGCUGUAACCAAACCCUCCUCGUCUUCUACUCCAUUGAAGCAAGCUCCCAUGUCCGAUCUAUCGUCCAUGGAGUUUCCCUCCGUAAAAAAGCCGACGUUCUUGAACACUCCCAAGUUAAUCCCACUGCUAGCCCUAGUCUUAAUCUUUCUCACCGUCUUCCCUCUCUACUACCCUUUCCGUUGCACUGAUCACCCGGAAAAAGAUAAAAGUUCUAGGGUUUACACUCCAGUAGAUCAGCCGAAAGGGUUUGCUGCAGAAAGCAUUGUUGAACAUUAUCCCCCAAAUCAGGUAUCAGGAAACGUAAGUGCUAAUCUUUCUCUUUCCCCUCCAGAAGAUCUGCGAAAAGAGUCUAGUAGUGUAGAAAGCGGCGUUGAACUUCAAGCGAAGAACACGGGUUCUGAGAGGCUCGAGAAGAAGUGCGAUAUCUUCACCGGAGAAUGGGUUCCGAAUCCGGAAGCGCCGUACUAUACGAAUAACACUUGUUAUAGUAUCCAAGAGCAUCAGAAUUGCAUGAAAUUCGGCAGGCCUGAUAAUGGGUAUUUGAAAUGGAAGUGGAAGCCGGAUGGGUGUGAGCUUCCCGUUUUCGAUCCUCGCGAAUUCUUGGAGCUUGUUAGAGGCAAAUCUUUAGCCUUUGUUGGAGACUCCAUUGCAAGGAAUCAUAUGCAGUCACUCGUUUGCCUCUUAUCCAGGGUUGCAUAUCCCUUGGAUAUUUCAAACACGACAGAUGAUAACAGGAAGCGUCUUGUAUACAAAGAUUACAACUUCAACAUUUCCAUGUAUUGGGCGCCAUAUUUGGUCAAGACUGGCGUCACUUAUUCUGAGCUUAACAGAAACCCUUUCAAUCUAUAUCUAGAUGAAUUUGAUGAAUCUUGGACAACCAAGAUCGGGGCUUUUGACUUUGUUAUCAUUAAUGCUGGCCACUGGUUUUUCCGCCCUACCGACUUUUAUCUAGAAGGCAAACUCGUUGGCUGCCUCUACUGCUCAGAACCCAACGUUACCCACUUGACAAAAGACUUCAGCUACAGAUGGGCUUUGAAGACAGCUUUUCGAGCAAUUAAUAGCUUGGAAAAUUUUAAGGGCGUCGCUUUCUUGAGGGCGUUUGCCCCUCAGCACUUUGAACAUGGGGCAUUCGAUCAAGGUGGAGAGUGCGUGAGAACAGAGCCAUUUCGGAGGAACGACACGAUUUUGAAGGAAUUCCAGAUAGACAUGUAUGAUAUUCAAAGGCAAGAGUUUAGCAUUGCUGAGGAAGAAGGGAAGAAAAAGGGUUCGAAAUUUAGAUUGUUUGACGUUACGCAGGCAAUGCUGUUGAGACCCGAUGGGCAUCCUAAUAAAUACGGGCAUUUGCAGAACCUGAAUGUGACCAUGUUUAACGAUUGUGUGCACUGGUGUUUGCCGGGGCCUAUUGAUACCUGGAGUGACUUCUUCAUGGAGUUGGUGAAGAGGGAGCUUGAAGGUAAUAGCUAAGGUGAAUAUUUAUAUAUCUUUCAGUUCAAAUUUUAAUUCUUUUUUUUCCUCCCACAUUCUUGUUGUUAUUUGAUUAUCAGAGUUGAAUAGACUGAUAAAAUACGUGCAAAAAUCAACCCAAAUAGAUUGGGUUGAAGUGUAACAAUAUGUGAGUAUAGUUGUAUUCUUGCUUUCAUUAUUGGGUAUUGAAAGGGAAAGUUGGAGCUAUGGAGUUAUGAACUGUUCAAAUUGUUCCAA